AUGCAGCCAUGGUCGCGAGAGGAGGACGCCGUUCUGUUGCGCCACGCGCUGCAGUGCGGCACGAAGCAGUGGGGCGAGCUGGAGAGGAGCGGUCAGCUCAAGAGGAGCAACAAGUCGUGCUGUAACCGUUACAUCUUCCUCCGAAGGAAGUUCACUCAGCACUUUCGCGAGAGCUUCCUGAGAAAUCACCUGGGAGGUGCUGCGUUCCUCCAGGGCGUUUUAUUGGACGGAGACAGUUCGCAGCUGCUCUGUCGGGAUUUCCUGCAGCAGCAGCAGCAGAGCCCGGAGCGCGUGGGUUCAGCUGCUCUCGCGUUCGGAGGGCUGUCGUUUGAUGAGUGCACGGCCGUCUUCUUUGCCCCCAACGCACGCUGCUGCCGCCAAGCACCCUCACUGAACCUCUCUUCUCUCGCCAGCCCCCCUGCCUCCCAAGCCGCCAGCGUCUCUGCCACUGCGGCUGCUUCUAUUGCCGAGUUUCCAGUGUCCCAUCCCGUUGCUGCUGCCACCAAUGCUGCUCCGCGUCGUGCGCUGAAGCGACCAAGGGACGACUCCCCCACGCUUGGGGCACAGCAACCGCUGCUCGGAGGGCGCGAGAGCUGCUUCGUGCCAAGGAAGUUGGUGCGAGGCGGGGUGUUGCGAAGCACGGAGCGCCUUCAGUCAGUGGCAGAGCUGUUUGAGCAACAGGGGGCGAGCAGCCGCGCACAGGCAGCGGACGAAUCCCUUCUGGAGGCGCUGCUGCAGGAGGAGCAUCGCCAGCAGCAGCAGGGAGGAGUGGGUAGCAAGGUGCAGCGGGUGUUGUGGCCACGCGUUGGGUCGGAGAGUGCCCUUCCAGACGACGUGCAGCUGGGGUGCAGCAGUGACAAACCUGCCUCCAGGCAACGAGCUGCUCCGUCUGCUCCUCCGCCCACCCAGCCGCACGAAGCACUGGCAGCGUCAAUGCCUUCCCAGGUCGCUGCUCUGCCUGGCACCGCUCCCUGCUUUGGCAAUUCCACGCCUUGCUUUGGGGAUUUCGCUCCUUGCAUUGGGGAUUUCGCAGUGCACCAGGAGGAGUGGCUCCGCGUUGCGUCAGAGAGUGCCCUUCCAGACGACGUGCUGCUGGGACUCUGCUGCGAGGACCCUGCCUCUGCGCAACGUUCUCCUCUGUCUGCUCCUGCACCCGCCCAGCCAUUCGCAGCACCGAUGCCCUCGCCGCUCGCUGGUCUCCCUAGCCCCGCUCGUGGUAGCGCGAGCAGGCACGUUACAGCGAUGCUUGCCGGGAGUACCUGUGGCACGCAGGAGCAGGAAUACCUGGAUUCAUGCUUUGACGUGCUCGGCAACAUAACCAACACUGACAACAAUGACAAGCACAGUGGCAGGGACAACGGUGCGCUCUUUCUCGACACGCCCGUGGCUCACGUGCUGCUGGGUGGGAGUGCCCUCGCCGUGCCCUUGGCGAGUGGACCUCAGGCUGAGGGGCCUGCCAUCCCACGUGCUGCUGCCACAGCCCUGCCAGAGUGGGCGGAGGAGCAGGGAGCGGUCGGGGAGGGAGUCGCCAAGGGGCACAGGCAGCAGCAGUUUCUCACCCAGGAGGGCGUGCUUGCGCAGUGGAAGCCUUGUCAGUACCUUGAGCUUGACCGCAUGCUCUCCCUGCCACCGCACCAGCCACAGCUGCAGUCACAGCCACAGCUGCAGUCACAGCCACCGCCACAGCUGCUCCCAAAGCCACUCUUACACCACGCCCGGCCGUGCUGCAGCCCAUCCCCACUGGUGGUGAUUUACUGGCUCUCUGCAGCCCCUUACUUCCUCCGUUGCCUGGCAUGA